UCGUGCAGGCGCCACAACGACUUUUCAACGCGAAAAGAAUGUCGAUUCUCGAUUUUGGCGGCGCGCUCGACGAUUUCAAUACUUUUCACCUGGGAUUAUGCGAGACGGGAUAAGAUUUUACCGAUAGCGACGAUGCUAGGGUGAAUUUAUGUGAUUGGCACGAUGGCAGUGGAAAGUGUUGUUGUUGGUGUGAUACUGUUAGUGAUAGGAUUUGGUGGGUUGUUCACGUUGGAUUCGAAGGAGUUUCAGAAGAGUCUGCCAGCUAAAGUAGUAUGGGCAGUUCCGGGACACGAUGCUGAACUACCAUGUGACGUUACUCCUGCACUGCCGGGUGACAAUGUCAACAUGAUAUUUUGGUUCAAGGACACCAUAGGGAUGCCCCUAUACAGCCUGGACGCUCGUGGUGGGCCCCUUUCUAAAGCUUCUCAUCUGGCCAUCAGCGAUGACAUUGGGCGAAGGUCGUACUUCAUUGCUGAUGAAGAGCCAUCAAAAGCCAGGCUUAGGAUCCAAAGUGUCAAUGCUGCUGAUGAGGGAGUGUUUAGGUGCAGGGUUGAUUUUGUUAACUCGCCAACGAGGAAUUUCCAAGUCAAUUUGACAUUAAUAGAUCAACCGUCCACUCCACGGAUUUUCGACGCCGAAGGACGGGAGGUGAAGCCGUCCGCCUCCGCCGGACCUUUUCUGGAAGGGCGCGAACUGUUCCUAUCGUGCCAGGUCGAGGGAGGUCAUCCGCCGCCAUCCCUAACGUGGUGGCACAACAACACCGUCCUCGACGAAGUGGUGGACUCGAACCGCGGUGCCCACACCACCGUCAAUCAGCUGCUAAUCAAGUCGGUGAGCAGGAAUCUCAGGGGUGGCCGGCUGGAAUGCCGGGCUUCCUCCUCGGAGAUCGCCGGCAACGUCGUCAGGGAAGUGCCAAUUACGGUGUUCCUGAAACCGAACAAGGUGAAGAUAGUCACCCCCAACGAUCUGCUAUCCAGCGGCAAAUCCAAGAACGUCAGAUGCGAGACUUCCGGUUCGGCGCCGCCCGCCAAACUGACGUGGUUUCUUGACGGAAGGCCCAUCAGGAACGCGGUCGUUACGGAAGAAGAAACUAGUUCAUUCACCGGCAGCAUCCUGACCCUGACCGUUUCAGCUGAGGACGACGAUAAGCUGCUGGUUUGCCGCGCCGAUAAUCCCCGUUUUCCCGGAGGAUCCGCCCAGGAUAGCAGGAGAAUAAGCGUAGCGUAUCCUCCCAGGGUAUCCGUCGUGCUGGAUUCGGAUGUCGCCGCGACGCCCGUCCGCCAAGGAACUGACGUUAUCCUGCGCUGCAAAGCCCAGGCCCGGCCCCAGCCGCACAGUUAUUACUGGUAUCAUGACAAUCACCUCGUUGCGUACAACGAGACGGGCGGCGUCCUGCCCCAUCUCGACCUUUUGACCAUAAAAAAUAUUGACCAGAAGUCGGCCGGACAAUAUGCAUGUUCAGCGAGAAAUUCCGAGGGCGAAUCGUACAGCGCGCCGUUCGACUUGAUUGUUCAAUAUGCGCCACAUUGCAAAAAAGGACAUGAAGAUAUCCAUCUUGGUAUGGUGCCCUACGAGCCAAUCAUUGCUCAAUGUAUCGUGGAUUCCAUACCGCCGGUCAAUAAGUUUUUUUGGACUUACAACACGUCCAGAGAUGUACUUCCGAUUCAGGGAGCCCAUUUGCAGAAUAAAGGAAACGUCUCAAUUUUACAUUUUCUUCCUCCGACAAAUGAUGUCAACGGAUUGGCGUGUUAUGCCGAAAACGAUGUGGGAAGGCAAGCAGUACCUUGUUUUUUUCGAGCUGUACCAGCAGAACUACCCGAAUCACCGAGAAGUUGUUCGGUACGAAACUCCACUCAAGGCUUUCUGGAAGUAUCUUGCCUGGCUGGCAACGACGGUGGGCUUCGGCAGAACUUCGUCCUGGAAGUGAGUGAUGUGUCUGGACCUGCACCCCCAGGUAUCCACUCAACAUUAAACGAUCAAGGAGAGGAAGCAACGCCGUUUAGAUUCUUUGGAGAACGACCUGUAUUUAAAUUGUUAAAUCUGCAACCAAAUAGAGAAUACCAGGCUAUAGUUUAUGCUGAAAAUGCAAGGGGGCGCAGUAAUCCUCCUGUCAUUUUACCUGUUAUACGACGCACAUACGAUGGGUCCAUGGAGUCGCUUCAAGAAGACGGAAAUGGGCCAUUAUACGAUUCGAUGGAUACUUCUGGAUUAGGCAAACCUCAUAGACCUGUUAGCAAUCAGAACCUGACUAUUAUCAUUGCCGGUAUAUCAGUAACUGCAGUACUGCUUAUAGUGAUAGUUGUGGUUGUAUCGACAGUGAUAGCCUGCAAAAAAUCAAGAGUACGAAAUACGACGAUACGAAGAAGAGAAAGAAGAAGCAGCAAACCACCCAGUGAACUGGAACUCUCAGAAGCAGGGUUUGGGGAGGGAUUUCACAGAAGAAGUGCUAUGUAUAGAGCGAGUAUGUAUGGAGAUUGCGAGGAGAGGAUAUCUCGAUUGAUUGAAGGUCCGGAUCUGAUUUUAUCUCCGGCCAGUUUUUCGCCGCACAAUUCAGAUUACUAAUCAAAAGAGAAUCUCGAACGAGGACCGACAAAGAAAUAUGGCGGUGGCUGUUAAAACGACAGAAGAAAUUGGUUAUGUCCAGAACUGGAUCCGAAACUUUUUUAUUGGGACAUCUUCAAGUUGCUAGGUGGAAUAGGUGUAAAAUUUAUUACUUUGUGGAGUUUUGUUAGUUCUACUGAGUUUAGCUGUUAGGAGUAUUAGAAGCCAAUCAAAUUGAUAGUAUUUUAUACAGGGUUGUUCACCACAUACGAC